AUGCACAAAGCCUCUAGAAUGAUAACAUUGUACAAAAACAGCACAAGCAAUAUUGCUGAAUUUGUCCUCCAAGGAUUUACAGGAAUUCCUGCUGAGUAUCAUGGAUUGGUAGGAUUCAUUUUCCUCCUGAUUUAUCUGAUGCUGGCAUUUGGGAACAUUUUCAUCCUUGUAUUUGUGGCAUGUGAAAAAAGUCUGCAGAAGCCAACAUAUAUUAUCUUCUGUAACCUUGCACUAUCAGAUCUUGGAUUUGGAACUACAAUUCUGCCCAGAAUCAUGGCUAAAUACUGGAUGUCUGAGAUCAUAUCAAUCAAAGCCUGUUUUACACAAUUUCAUGAAAAUAAAUCAAAUAAAGAGGGACGAUAUAAAACAUUUUUAACAUGUACUCCACAGCUGUUCAUCAUCUCCAUGUACUAUCUCCCUAGAAGUUUUGUUUAUGUUGCAUUUAUUUUGGGGUAUCGUUUUGAAACAAACCUCAAUAUUGCAUUGAUAUUAAUGUACGGUCUUUUCCCUGCCCUCAUCAAUCCACUUAUAUACUGCUUCAGGACAAAAGAAAUUAAAGACACAAUAAUGAGGAAAAUUUAUCAAAGAAAGGUAAGGCUAAAUCAAAAAUUAUAUUUAUCAAAAUAUAAAAAAAAUAUAUUUUUCGGCUUAAUUGAUCAGAAUGAGAAGACCAGCUUCAGAGGAGCGUAG